CUCCUGCGGCAGCUCACACGAUCCGUCAUUAGCGAGGCGUUUCAACAGCGUCAGCUCGGCAAUCCGACUCGUUAUGACGAUCUGCGGCGUACCUUUGCUGCAAAGCCGACAAGUGCAGAUGCCACUUCCACAGUGCAGCUCCAGCAGCUUCUGGUCGCACUCACGCACCAGAUAACGCUGCUCGAUAGCAGAUCGGGGUCUCUGGUUAAAGCCAUCAUCGGCAUGAAUUGGCUCGGUCGGCCAUUCAGUUUUGUGCAGACCUACAACGCCUUCCUCGGUAGCUUGGUGAGCUCACAUGCAGAGUACUCAACGCUCGUUGUACAGAUGCUCAUCAAAAACUUGACGCUGCUCAAUCCGUCAAUAGGCAAAAUCCCAGGCCUUGAGGUCGUCUCACAAGCAGAGAUUCAUCAACGCGUUCAUGCCGCACUAUCUAAUGUGCUAGAUCUGGUUCCUUUUGCCCGCGAAAACUUGGUCUCUGUCGCAACCAGCCAGUUCCCGCACAAGUCCGAGCGGCUGCAAGCGCAAACAACAUUUGUCGCAAAUCUACUACGGCUGACGCAGUACGUUCCGAUUAUAGAGGGUGCCAUCAUUGGCGUUAUUGUCGACAAGCUCAUUAGCAUUGAUGUCGAAAUUCAAGUGGACUUGGAAGAUAUGGAACCAGAAGAGCAAGGCGCAGUGGUUGAUGGAGCGGAAAGCGAUUUGCAGGAUGAGGACUCAAGCAACGAGGCUCUUGAGUUCUCGGAGGAUGAGCUUGACGACGAGCAAGAAACCAGCAUGAAUGUCCAAAUCAUCAACGACAAUAUACAAAAGCUGGAUGCUCUUCUCAAAAUCAUGUUUGAGCAUCUAGAUCGCAAGCUCUCGAACCUGCCGACUAUUGAUGGUAAGCUACCAAAGUACUGCUCGGCUGCGCAAGCCACUUUCGACUCGCUCCUAUUUGCGCUUGAUACCACCAUCCUCAAGACUUACCAAAGUCGCUACACACAGUUUCUCCUGUUUUGGGCGGCACAAAAGCAUCUCAUGUUUGUGGACGACUUUCUUGGACUCGUUGUGCAGCGUGCAGUCGAUGUAACGCGACCAGGCUCCCACAGAAUGAUUGCUGCAAGUUAUAUCGGCUCUUUUGCCGCACGAGCAGCAACACUCGAUCGCCAGACCGUUAGAAUGCUAGCUCGUGUCAUGCUCAAAGCCAUCAAUGGCUUUCUCGAUGAUCAGCAAUUCACGCAAGGUCAUGCGCGGGACACAGUGAAGCGGUUUGGUGUGUUUUAUGCCAUGGUUCAAGCGCUCUUUUAUGUCUUUUGCUUUAGAUGGGCUGAAUUGCGCGGUGCUACGGAUGCUGAGCCAGAUGACGUUCUGACUGACCCGACCUGGCUGCCCGGCCUACAGUGCACCAUCGAGCGUGCCAUUGCGAACCCAGUGCUGAACCCUUUGCGGUACUGCAGUGCCACGGUUGUGCAGCAAUUUGCUCGCGUUAGCCACCACCUUAACUUCGUCUUUUGCGCAACCAUCAUUGAGGCGAAUCGACGGAGCGCUUUGAGUGGGCCAGGCGAGAUUGACUCCUUCUUUCCGUUUGACCCGUACCUGCUGAAACAGUCAAAGCAUUUUGUGGAGGAAGUGUACAAUGAUUGGAAGCCUAUUCCUGGUAUGGCUUCCGAUGAAAGUGACGAAGAGGAUGAGGACGAC